AUGUCGGACUACUGCACGCCCAAGUACCAGAGCGGAGACCUGGUGUUCGCCAAGUUAAAGGGCUACGCCCACUGGCCUGCCCGGAUCGAGCACAUGGCCGAACACAACCGGUAUCAAGUGUUCUUCUUUGGGACCCACGAGACCGCCCUCCUGGGCCCCAAACACCUCUUCCCCUACGCGGAGUGCAAGGAGAAGUUCGGCAAACCCAACAAGAGGCGGGGCUUCAGUGAGGGGCUGUGGGAGAUCGAGAACAACCCCACCAUCCAGGCCUGCGACGACCAGGGCCCCCAGGAGAAGAGCGGCGCCGAGGGGCCCGCGCCGGGGCCAGCGCCCGAGGCCCCCGAGGCCGCCGAGGCCGCGAAGAGCGGAGACGAGGACGGGGAGCAGCGCGUCGACGAGCCGGCCCAGGGCCAGGACGAGGGGGGACCCCUGAAGAGGAGCGCCGAGGGCCUGCCGGAGGAGGCCCCCAAACGCCCCAAGGAGGCCGAUCCCGAAGGCAAGGAGGAGGAGGGAAAGGAGGCGGCGGCCUGCGAGGCGGCGAGGCCCAUCCUGCUGGAGGCGUUGGAGCCGGGCCCGGUGUGGGGGCCACCGCAGGAAGAAGGGGAGCUGCAGGAAGAGGCUGCCGAGGUGGAGGAGGAGGCCGAGGUCCCGGCCGACGGGGACCCUGAGAGCCUGUGA